CCCUGUUGGCGUCCUUGGCGCACACGCCUCCCCCGAUGACAGCAGGUGAGCGAGCCGCGGGGGUGGCUCGGGCUGUCCGCGCCCCCUCCCUCCCCCCUUCGGCGGGGCCCUGGCAGUGGCAGGCAGGUUCCGCGGGGAGGGGGCGAAGGAGAGAGAGAGGGCCGGCCAGGGCUGGGUGCGGUCCGCCAUCCCGGAUCUCUUCAAUUUCCCCUCUCUGCCGCUCACUCGUGCGCCGCGAGCCGAGGCAGAGGCAGCGAAGGCAGCAGCUCCGGGCGGCGGUGGCGGCGGCGCUGACCGCUAGAGCGCGGCGGCGAUUUAACCGCGGCAGCCAAAACAAACGGGGCCCUAGCUAUUUAUUGGCGGCGGCCGGAGCGGGCCGGCUCAGAGCGGCCGACCAGCGCACCUGCCCCCCUCGUCGCAUGGCCGCUGCCGCUGCUCCCUGCCCGGGGCUGCCCGGCCGCCGCCACCGCUGCUACCGCCGCCGCCGCCACUGCUGCUGCUGCUGCUGAGCGCCUGAUCGUCGUCGUCGUCGGAGCCAUGAAGGCGGCGCGGCUGCUGCUCCUGCUGAGCGGCUGCGCGCUGCUCCUGCUGGCGCCGGCGGUGCGCGGCUGCGGGCCGGGCCGGGUGGUGGGCAGCCGCCGCCGCCUGCCCAAGAAGCUCAUCCCGCUCGCCUACAAGCAGUUCAGCCCCAACGUGCCCGAGAAGACGCUGGGCGCCAGCGGCAGGUACGAGGGCAAGAUCGCCCGCAACUCGGAGCGCUUCAAGGAGCUCACGCCCAACUACAACCCGGACAUCAUCUUCAAGGACGAGGAGAACACCGGCGCCGACCGCCUCAUGACCCAGCGCUGUAAGGACCGCCUCAACUCGCUGGCAAUCUCAGUCAUGAACCAGUGGCCAGGGCUGAAACUCCGUGUGACAGAGGGCUGGGAUGAAGACGGGCACCACUCUGAGGAGUCACUGCACUACGAGGGCCGCGCCGUGGACAUCACCACCUCUGACCGGGACCGCAACAAGUAUGGCAUGCUGGCCCGCUUGGCUGUGGAGGCUGGCUUUGACUGGGUCUACUAUGAGUCCAAGGCCCACAUCCACUGCUCUGUUAAAUCUGAACAUUCAGCAGCAGCAAAGACAGGAGGCUGUUUCCCAGCCGGGGCUCUGGCAUCCCUAGAGAGUGGGACCAAGAUUCCAGUGUGGGCACUGAGGCCUGGGCAGCGGGUUCAAGCCAUGGAUGAGCAAGGCCGCCCCACGUACAGUGAGUUCCUGACAUUUCUGGACAAGGCACCAUCGGCGCGCACUGCUUUCCACGUCGUUGAGACACGCGACCCACCCCGCCGCCUCGCCCUCACUGCAGCACACCUCCUUUUUGUGGGGGAGAAUGCCACAGCACCCAUGAGGGCCAUUUUUGCCAGCCGUGUGCGCCCAGGCCAGUACGUGAUGGUGACAGAGAGGGGUGCGCUGCGGCCAGCCAAGGUCGCCGCUGUCUCUGUGAGGAUGGGUGUUGGGGCCUACGCCCCCCUCACCAGCCACGGGACUCUGGUGGUGGAUGACGUGGUGGCCUCUUGUUUUGCUGUGGUGCAGGAGCAGCACCUGGCACAGCUGGCCUUCUGGCCCCUUCGACUCUAUCACAGCCUGGCAGGCACCCACCGGACCCCGCCGGAAGGCAUCCAUUGGUACUCUGCACUGCUCUAUCGCCUGGGCCGAAUGCUUCUGGCUUCAGACAGCUUCCACCCUCUGGCCACAGCACAGCUGGAGAGCUGAGCCGAUAGGAUCAGAUGCCCCCCUAAAGAGGGAGAAACCAGGCCACCUCCCGUGGUUCUGAGGAGGGGCUGGAUGGUAGCCAGAAUCCUGGUGGUGGGGUAAGGUGGGGCCACAGGACCAAGCCAUUGGCUCCUGAGAACCUUCCCCAAGCACAAGGGUGAAGGCAGGUAAGGCUCCUCCUCUGUCUUUGAGGGGCCUUUUUUUGGCUAUAGAAGGGGACGCCCAACACCAGGGCCAUAUGCUGCUAUUUUGGUUCAAGAGCCUCUGGUGCAAAGCAGGGGUUAACCAAGCGGAUGUAGGGAGCAAGUGGAGGUCCUGAAGCCUGGGAUUAAUGAAGGAGGGGCAAGAAACCUUGCCGCCCACCAAGCAGACUGGGGAAGUAGGAUCUGUGUGGCACAGCUGGGCAGCUGUAAGGAGGCACCUGGGAGGGGCUUGGAGUCUUUCACACCUGAGGCCUAGCUUUCGCUGGCUAUAAACCCAUGAAAGCUCCUCCUUUCAGGGGCUGUGCCCCUCCUGGCACCACUUCAUCGUGGCCAAUAGGAUUGUGAUAUGUAAAGUAGCCGUAAGGGAGGCCUGCUGGACUCCUGCAUUGUCGGAAUGGCGGGGUGUGUAUGUCAUUAUUUCCAGCUGCUAGUUAGCUGGGCUUGUGGGCAGUGAGGGAGAGAUGAUGCUGGAGGCAUUUGCCCAGGAUUGGCGGGAAGGGGGCACUGAUUAUGAGGAGAGAGCAGGCAGCAGAAAGUAAGGGUGCUCAUGAAGUCAUCCAGUCCUCUCUGGAUUAGUUGAAUUUGGCCUGGAAUCAUCAUCAACCCCUGCUUCUGCCCCCAUAUUCACCAAGAUAAACAGAAUGAAUCACUCUAUACAUAAGCAAGCACUGAAUGAAUGGAGAGGAGGAGUGCUGGGGAAAUAGAUCUACCCUUUCACCCUGUUUUAAGUAAAACCUGAUCUUGUUUACCAAAGGAUGGUUAAGAGAAUUUAACAAGGGACUAUGUUAAGUGAGCUUCAAAAAUUACCUGGAGGCAUAAAACUGGAGGGCAGAACCUGGGAAUUCCCUAUUUGUGGUGGGGCAGGUGGAGGAGAGGAGAGGUGAAGGUGAGGAGAGAUCAAUUCUGUUAGCUUUUCUAAGACUCUCUUUGCUUCUUGAAGGUACCGGAGGGGCAGGUGUUCUGUUGGGUUCUCAUCUUCCAUUAUCACUCUGUCCCAGUUGCCAGUCUCCAUUCCAGUAGCCCAGGACAAUGGCUCUCAGGCCUGUACCUAUGGGAGGAAGGGAAGGGACACAUUUGGGCAUGUCCUGUUGUGACUGUCCUGGAUGCUCUCAUAAAAUAACAUGGUUGCUCAGGGUGGCACCAGACAUGGUGAGACAACACUAAUGCAAGGGUGGGAGCAUUUGCAGAGGUGAGAAUCAGUGGGCAGGAAGCAUGGGAAACCCUUGUGUUGUCUACCAGUCUCCCCCACCUCCCCACCAAAAAAAAUGCAUCUCCUGGCUGUUGUGGGUCUAUAUUUUUCUCCCAGCCCAGGAAUGGAAGUUAGCUUGACUGGGUCAGGGGAGGGGGGUCAGCGGAUGACUUGGAAGAGCAUUUAUGGGAGAGAAUCACUGGUUGGCGGGGGGGGGGGAUUAAGCACUGCCUUACAAACAAACCAAUUCAUCCCUACACACGCACGCACGUGCGCACGCACACAAACACCUACACAUCCGUAUCUCUGCAUUCACAUUACCUUGGCAAACAUGAUAUUGGGACAAUAUGUUUGUCAAGAUAAGGACUUGUAAACGAAUAUCCUCCUGCAUUAUUUAGCAUAGGAGAGAAUAUUUCAGUGAAUUAUUCUACCCAUUCUCUUAAAUAUAUCUGAGAAUAUUCUUUUACAAGUCUACAGCCAAUUCAUUUCCUAAAAGGAAAAACAUGGCUCAUGUGCACUGUCAUGUGUGAUGUGCUGUUCAUGCACAGAUGCAUUGAGAAACUGGUUUUGUGCUGUUUGCAUAUGCAGAAAAUAGACUCAUGUACCUGUAUGACAGUGUACACCAGGCUUGUAAACAGCUGCUUUCCUGAUCAUCUGUGGUGAAUAUGAAUUGCUUCCAGGUGACCAGCCAGUAAAAUCUUUUAGAUAGUAUGCCAGAAAUUACUAACAGUAUUUUUGGACAGUCUGGCUACUACAACUUUUUGUGGGCUAGUAACCAACCUUUGAGGAUUUAUUUGCAAGUCUGUAUGUGCAAGUAAUAUCUGUGUUGGAAACAGUUGUAUGUGAAGCAGCUCUUGGCUGGGCUCUGGAUUCUCCAGUUUCAUUGAGGAUAUAAUGCCUGGCUCUCAGGGCUCUAUGCACCAGUCAGAAUCAGGAAUUGUCCCUUCUGUGCCCUCCACCACCUCCCAUCUGAUCCCAGCAGUUUUCCUGAGUUCAGCCUUCAAGAUAACCUAGCACUGACAAAGAGGAAUGUGUGCCCCCCUUACUAGCAGCAUAAUUUAUGAGGCCCCCACCAUCACAUUUUUUUCACCAUGGAUGGUGGCAUUCAGGAAGUAUCCUCUCCUCUCCUCUCCUCUCCUCUCCUCUCCUCUCCCACUGUGUUAUUUAUUUACCUGCAUUCUGCAGGUUGCUCAGAAACAUUUCUCUGGUGAUUAAAGACUUUCUCGAAGUGAAACCAAAGGUGUGUGUGUGUGUGGCGGGGGGAGGGAGUGGCAGGCUGGGGCCAUUUUUUCUAACAAUAAAAUUAUUUAAGAAUUGUUUCAGAAGCACAGUGUUAAUGGGACCUUGAGGGAGGGAGUUACAAAGCAUUUGUCUCUUCACUGGAUGUACGUUUCCCAAACAGGUGAGCAGCCCAAUAAAUCUCUUGACCCAC